CCCCCAUGCUCGUUAUAUAUUGCAACCCCAUCUCCCUCAGCUUCUGGACUUCCACUAACCAUUUUGCUCAUUCCCAAGCUUCCCUUCCGUUGAACCCUGUGAGCUCAGGACAUGUCAGCCUCAGCAGAUUCAGCUCAGCCGUUAACGGAGGGAAGUUUGGGUGAGAAUGGUUUUGAAUGUGUAGAAAUUCUCCCUGCAGUCAAUGAUACUCAUGGAGGAGUGAUUGUAGAGAUGAAGAAGACCAUGAGUCCUGACGCUUUCGUCACCUUGCUUAGAGCUUCACUUCUACAAUGGAAGCACCAGGGGAUGGGGGGUGUCUGGAUCAAAUUACCUAUUGAGCUUGUUAAUCUGGUUGAAACUGCAGUCAAGGAGGGUUUCUGGUUUCAUCAUGCUGAGCCAAGCUAUCUCAUGCUGGUUAACUGGAUUCCUGAAACUGGCAACACUAUCCCUCCUAAUGCUUCCCAUCGUGUCAUUGUUGGUGCUAUUGUAUUGAAUGACAAUAAAGAGGUACUGGUAGUCCAGGAAAAGAGAGGGAGAUUCCAUGGACUAGGGGUAUGGAAAAUACCUACUGGUGUAGUGGAUGCUGGUGAGGACCUUUUCAAUGCAGCAAUCAGAGAAGUAAAAGAAGAGACAGGAAUUGAUACAGAAUUUUUGGAAGUCCUAGCAUUCAGACAAACACACGAGGAAUUUUUUGGGAAAUCAGAUCUAUUUUUUCUUUGCAUGCUGCGUCCUCUUUCUUUUGACAUCAGAAAACAAGACCUGGAGAUCGAGGCAGCUCAGUGGAUGCCGUUUGAGGAAUACGCCGCUCAGCCAUUUAACCAGAAGCACGAGCCCUUCAAAUACAUAAGCGAACUCUGCUUGGCAAAGAUACAAAGCAACUACGGUGGAUUCUCUGCAAGGCCUAUUUCUUCAUAUUUCAAUGAGCAGUUGAGUUUUUUAUAUUUAAAUUCACAUGAUCUCCACAAAUCCUCUUGAGUCUUCUUCCCCAGUCAGUGCGUGGAUAAAAAGUUGAUAGUGAUAUGUCUUUCUUUCGUUGAUGGACAAAUAAGCUCUCUUUUUCCUUAGGAAGGGACGUUUCAUUGACACAUGAAUUUGUUAUUUUCUUCCUGCUUUUUUAACGUGCUUAGUGAAUGAGUUACUUGCUA